GCGCGACGCGGUCGGCCAACUGAAGGCCGCAGAUGCGCAAUUUUUUUCUAAAUUUCAGUCCGCACCAAAUUUUUGUAGCCUUAUAUCGAUUUACAAUUAUUUUUUAACACCUUUUUAAAACAGAUUAAGAUAAAUUUUUAGUGUUCAUAAUGGAGUUGAGCGCUGCGGAAGGCCAGCCCGCCCGUGCGGAUAGGCAGCACCGGUUGCGUUACAGAAACUCACGCGAGAGGGAGUGCAUCUCGGUGCACGUGGGGCAGGCGGGCGUGCAGAUGGGCGUGGCGUGCUGGCAGCUGUACUGCCUGGAGCACGGCAUCCGGCCCGAUGGCACGCUGCCCGCAGCCGACGCGGACGCCGGCGCCGACUCCUGCUUCAACACUUUCUUCUCGGAGGCGGACCGCGGCAAGAUGGUGCCGCGCGUAGUCAUGGUGGACCUGGAGGCUACGGUCAUAGACGAAGUUCGCACGGGAGAGUAUCGGCAGCUGUACCACCCCGAGCAGCUGAUCACGGGCAAGGAGGACGCGGCCAACAACUACGCGCGCGGUCACUAUUCCACCGGUCGCGACAUCCUCGAGCCCGUCAUGGAGCGUGUGCGCAAGCUAGCCGACCAGUGCACCGGUCUGCAGGGCUUCUUCGUGUUCCACUCAUUCGGCGGCGGAACGGGCUCGGGCUUCACGUCGCUGCUCAUGGAGAAGUUGUCAGACGAGUUCGGCAAGAAGAGUAAGCUGGAGUUUGCCAUCUACCCCGCGCCGCAGGUAUCGACGGCAGUAGUGGAGCCAUACAACGCGGUGCUGACAACGCACGCGACGGUGGCGCACUCGGACUGCGCUUUCAUGGUGGACAACGAAGCUAUCUACGACAUCUGCCGGCGACGCCUCUCCAUCGAACGCCCUUCCUACGCCAACCUAAACAGGCUCAUAUCUCAGGUGGUGUCGUCGAUCACGGCGUCGUUACGCUUCGACGGAGCUCUGAACGUAGACCUAACGGAGUUCCAGACCAAUCUGGUGCCUUACCCGCGCAUCCACUUCCCUUUGGCUGCAUAUGCGCCCGUGGUGUCAGCGGACAAGGCAUACCACGAAGGCAUGUCUGUAUCGGAGAUUACGGCCGAACUGUUCGAGCCGCAGAACCAGAUGGUGAAGUGCGACCCGCGCGAGGGCAAGUAUAUGGCGUGCUGCUUGCUGUACCGCGGCGACGUAGUGCCCAAAGACGUGAACGCGGCCAUCGCCAGCAUGAAGGGGCGCGCCGGCAUUCGCUUCGUCGACUGGUGCCCAACUGGAUUUAAGGUGGGCAUCAACUACCAGCCACCGUCGGUGGUGUGCGGCGGUGACCUGGCGCAGGUGAAACGCGCUGCGUCCAUGCUGAGCAACACGACAGCCAUCGCCGAGGCGUGGGGCAAACUCGACCACAAGUUUGACUUGAUGUACGCCAAGCGCGCUUUCGUUCACUGGUAUGUGGGCGAAGGUAUGGAAGAAGGGGAGUUCUCUGAGGCUCGCGAAGAUCUGGCGGCAUUGGAACGCGACUACGAUGAAGUUGCAGUCGAGAGCUCCGAACUGGAGACUGGCGACGACGAACUAUAACCCGCCGCCCUUGAUGCCCGCCCGCGCUCCGUACCCUUCACGCCACCGUUAACAGCGCCCAUCGCUCCGCACCCCGAACCCCGCGCCGCACCCCUCAUGGUACUGUCAACCCGCGCCCCUCGCUCCGCUCCACGCACCCUGCACCUAGCGCCCCGUGUCCCACGCCCCGCACGCACUUUACACCCCUCACGCGCCCCUCACAACGCACCGACAUCUACCAAACGUUGUCUUUGUAAACAAACAAACUUGCUUGCGUCGAACGGUGUAUGUUUAGAUUUUGUAAGUAACGUCUGCUGUAGACUAGAAGUUGUAGACACAUCGCCCUGUUUGGACGAGAGUAUGUUGAAUAUGAAAUGUGAAAUUUUUGACCAAGGAAUUAUUACUAUUAACAUCUCUCCAGUAGCCGCGCCUUUUUUCUAACAUAUAUCGGGAAUUUCGAAUAAACAAUACACAGAAAACUAGCAUGUGUAUGUGAUCGAAGAUCGGGUGAUUUGGGGAAGAAGUGUCUUAUGGCGACGAUGCUAGCGGCGGCGUGGCAGGGCGGUUGCGAGGAGCGUCGCCGCCCUCUCGGACGCCAGAAAACCGCGGCCGCAUUUUGUUAAUGUUGAGUAUGGCAGAACUACGGGAAAUUUAUUAAAGGUUCGAAAAUGUCCGCCGAAGGUACGACUCUCCCCGCGGCCGCGCACCGCUCGCUGUAGCUCCUCUGUUGCCGCCCCGUUUCGAGUUUUUUGAUAUCUCGACUUGUAUUAUUCAAUCUUCGCGGCGGGUUCGGAAUUAAAUUGAAAAGCGUUUGUUGUUUGUAAAUUAUCGGCGCCCCCCCAACCCCGCGCGGGCGUCUGUAACGUAAGAGUAAUUGUCAUGUGCCGUUUAGUUGUACGUCUGGUGAUGUUAAAGUUGUACGUUUUAUAAUAUAAAUAUAUACAUUUUGUUUGAAUUCA